GCUUCGCUAUUGCGGAAAAAAAUAAAAAAGCGAACUUCUCUGAAAGUUUUGGAAAAAAAAAUUCGAUUUCCUCUUCUUGAUCUAUCGUAAACCCUAAUUUCGAAUCCCUUUUUCCGAUUCAGAGAUCGGAUCCGAUAUCCGUAGAUCUUGAUUAAGGAAAGAGUUUGUGGAGAAGAUGGCGAAGGACUUUACGGUUCCUCCCGUGGUCUUCCCCUCCGGCGGCACUCCGGCCACCGGAAAUGUCCAGCAGCGCCGUGCUCCAACGGCUCCGUUUCAGCCGCCGCGUCCUUCUUCCUCCGCUAUACCAUUCAUGUCCUUCGACAUCGGAUCCGCCGCCGUUGCGUCAUCCGCCGCCUCCGUCGGACCUUUUGGCGGAACAAUUGCCUCGUCUUCGUCGUUUGGUGGAGGUGCUGCUUCGUUUGAAGACGAGGAACCUUUGCUUGACGAGCUCGGUAUCCAUCCCGAUCAGAUCUGGAAGAAGACGAGAUCGAUUCUCAAUCCAUUCCGGAUCAAUCAGAGCGUUCACAUGGAUUCAGAUUUAUCUGGUCCGAUCUUCCUGUACCUCGCGUUUUGCCUGUUCCAGUUACUCGCCGGUAAGAUCCAGUUUGGCGUUAUACUCGGAUGGAUCGUCGUCUCCUCCAUCUUCCUCUACGUCGUAUUCAACAUGCUCGCUGGUCGAAACGGUAACCUGAAUCUUCACACGUGUACAAGUUUGGUCGGCUACUGUCUGCUUCCCGUCGUUAUCCUGUCAGCGGUGUCGCUGUUCGUGCCGCAGGGGGCGGGGCCGGUCCGAUUCGUGCUGGCGGCGGUGUUCGUAUUGUGGUCAACGAGGGCUUGCUCAAAUCUGGUUGUCUCGCUCGCCGACGGAGGAGAUGAGCACCGUGGCUUGAUCGCGUACGCUUGCUUCUUGAUCUACACUCUGUUUUCGCUUCUCGUUAUAUUUUGAUUUCCUCUGGUUUUGGUGGGACUUGUUUGCUUUGGAGAUGGAUUAGUUCGUGAAUCUUCCGGUGCCAUAGGUAGUAGCGAAAUGCAAUCUGAGUUGCUGGUUUCAUGGGAAUGCUUGAUGUGAGGUUUAUUAAACAGCGACGUGUAAAGCUUUUUGAUAACUUUAGAUUUGAUACUGCCUCAAAGUAAUGUAUUAUCUAUGAUUCUGUUAUAUCUUUGGUCUUAGAGACCAUAUGAUGAGAGCAACUGCCUUCAAUCAUAGUAACAGUUGAUAGUAUCAUCUUAUGUAGUUUUGCUGCUUUCAAUCACAGUAAUGGUUGGUUUGUCUCAUA